UAAUACAAUCUAUAAAUCAAAUGAAAUUUCAAAUUGUUUAAAAAUAAUCCCUGUAAUUUUUCAACUUCACUUGCUACUUUUUUAAUUCAAUUUCUGAUGCGAUUAAUAAAAUUAAUUUCCAUACACUUUCUCUCUCGCACGAUGUUCCAUAUUUCUCAUCAUUUACACAAUACUUUUCGUUUUAUUUAGUCGAGUUUCAUUAGUUAAACUAAUAUGGCAUAGUAUUGGUUAUGUCGUACUCGUAAUUCGUAAAUCGUCGUCUAAUGUCUAUUGCAGGCUUUUAGGGUAGGGCUUUGUUUGUAAAAGUGUAGGAAAUGUAAUUCUUUGUUGAUAAUGAAAUUAAAAUAACUAGUUGUUAUAUAAUAUUUGUUUAAAUUAAUGAGAUGAAUAUAAUAUUUAUUACAUAUAAGUAGUUAUAAUAAAACUAAAUAAAUAAUUUGUGACCUUGAGCGUAAGCAAUACAGCUGUCAAAUAACCUAAACCACGACUUUUUGUGUAAGAUGAAAUAAACAAGGUGAAUUUUGAUUAGCAUUAAUACUAGUUAUUUGUCGUUUUUGUGAUACAAUGGAUGAAGCUGUUACACAUUACAUCAAUUCUCACCAAUCAGACGAGGCUGUUCAUGUGGAUGCUAAUGCUUUGGCACUGAAUGUCCAAGACGAUGGCGGAGGCAGGGUGGCUAUCCUGCAUUCUCAGACAUUUUCCACGUCAAUGUGCAGGCAGGUGUCAGUGGGUGAUCAAGUGACCGAGGGCCAAUGGGGCGAGGAGCUGAUGGACCCGGAGGGGCGGCUGGCGGCGCUCAUGGCGCAAAUCACGGCGCAGCAGGCGAGGGCGCCGCACCCGCAACAACAGCAUCACAAAGUGCAGACUGUGAGAGGAGAUGUCGAUACAUCCAUCAUCCUGGAUAGUUCCAUGAGGCUGUUUCACGGCCAGGCUUUGGAUCAGAGCCAAGACUCUAUAAUCGUAGAAGUACCGCCUCUGCCUCCCCUACCGCCGCUGCAGAAUAUGAAGAGGUGUCCAGAGACUGAAGACUGGUUCGACAACAAGGCCAAUAAAGCAAAUCUUAAAGAUGAAUCCUUGGUGGAUUCUGACGGGCCGGUGUUGGAACUGGGCCCGGGCGCGUCGCCCGUACAUAACAAACUUCAGAGCAAGAAGAGUCUUCCACACAAGAAGAGAAUAUCUAGAAAACUGAAGAAGAAUAAUGGGAACAUCACUCCGCAACAGGAGUUGGUGGUGAUCAGCUGUACAGACGUGCACGGUCGCAUCCGCUGCGGCUCGCACGCGCCCGAGGAGGAGAUCCUGCCCGACGCCUACGCCGCGCACGACACGCACGACGCGCACGACCCGCACGACGCGCACGACCCGCACGACCCGCACGACCCGCACCAUGCCCACCACGCGCACGACCCGCACCACCCGCACGACCCGCACAACCCCCACGACCAGAUGUCCGCCACACACCACAUCACGCACGAGGUCCGUCCUAUCUUCAUCUGCCAGCUGUGCGGCGAGUUCUACGGUGACGAGCAGCUGAAGUUCUACCAGCAUCUGAAGCAACAUUACGAGCCGCACAUCAUCAUUGAGAACCCUGUGCCUGAGUUAGGGAUUGAUAAGAUAACCAACUCGUGUAUAGUAGACAACGUAGCGACAAUACCAGACUCUAUAGUAGAGCUGUCUCUAGAGAAUUCUAUACCAAAAACUAUUUACCAAUCUAUAGACAAACAUGUUUUAUACACUACAAGCGAUAAGACGCUCACGUACGGUAGCAAUAAGGUCCAGUAUUCCAUGGCGAGUAUGGAUAAGGAGCCGACAGUAGUUACCGAGGCUGAGAAGGCAGAACUGUACGAUACGUUAGAUAAACUGGAUCUGUAUAGCUGUGGGAAGUGUAACAAGUCCUUCAGGAAGCAGAAGCAGUGCGAGGCGCACAUCAAGGAGGCUCAUUCUAACAUGAAGCAGUCACAGCUGCAGCUUGAGGACAUGGGUGAGUUCAGCGAGCCGGAGGACCUGAUGGAGGGCAUCCACGUGGCCGUGGACGAGCCGCCCGAACACUACGAGCAUACACUACUGCCGCACCUCACUGUGGAGAACGGACACGCGCAUCAGGACAACCGACAGUGGUUCGGUCGCGGGUCGUGCGCGCCCUACUGCGGCGUGUGCGCAGCGCGGCCGCGGGAACACGAGCAACACGCUCUCAAGGCGCUCAACCCCAGGAAGAUCACCAUGCUGCAAGAAGAGGUGCUGCAACGCUUCCUGGACACGGACGUGUCGGGCGACGGCGGCAGCUUCCCGGACAGCAUGCUGCCGGGCGCCGCGCCCCCGCCCCCGCCGGCGCCCGGGGUGGACGUCAAGCAAGAGCCCAAGAAGAAGCAGAAGCGCUUCGAGUGUCCGCAGUGCGGCCGCGUGUUCCUGCACCGGAACAGCCUGCUGUACCACCUGCUGUCGCACAGCGGCAAGCAGCAUCAGUGCCGGGACUGCGGGAAGGGGUUCUACACCGUCGCCGCGCUUAAGAUCCACAAGCGAGUGCACAACGGCGACCGGCCGUACAAGUGCGACGUGUGCGGACGUGACUUCCGCCAAUGGAGCGAUCUCAAGUACCACAAGGUGUCCAUACAUUCCGACCAGAAACUGUUUAAAUGUGAGUUUUGCGGCAAGGAGUUUGCCCGCAAGUACUCUCUGAACGUGCACCGGCGCAUCCACACCGGCGAGAGGAACUACAAGUGCGAGUACUGCAACAAGACCUUCAGGGCUUCCUCUUAUCGGCUGAGUCACAUGCGGACGCAUACCGGUGACAGACCUUACAAGUGCACGCAGUGUGACAAGUGCUUCCGUGUGGCCGGAGACCUGCGGCGACACAUGCUCGUACACGACAAGGUGCGGAACAGACUCAAUGAACAGAAGACCAAGGGCAAAGACCAGAAGGACACCAAGAAACCUCUCGAAAAGUGCGAGGAUAAAGGUGUCAAGUUAGAAGUCGUACCGAAGGCGGGGAAGAAAGCUGCUGGCCCAUCUACCAGCAUUUUGUCCACGAUCCUCAGGAAUUCAGAGAAGAAAACACCAAAAGCCGGCAAAAAGACUCAAGGCGCUAAAAAAGGUGCCCCCAAUGUCACCAUAGACCAAAUAGACGACAGCUACACGAACAACGUGGAGGUGUUCGAUACUCGGCCAGACUCACACUACGCCAAGUAUAAGGAGGUGUACAACGACGGCGCGUACAUCAAGGACGAGCUCGACAAUCACUUCUCGAAGCAAAUUAUAGGGUAUAAGGAGGAACCGGCAGAGGAACGGGACCUUGCGAUCUUGAGGCCGAUGUUCAGGAACAACGUGUUGUGCGAGAGUGUGGAGACAGUGUCGGAUAAGAACAUGUUCAGGACAGAGAACACGGACGGCAAGAUGCAAGUGUACGUGGAGAAGGCGGCGGGAGGGUCGCGCGACCUGCCGCACGACGCCAGCGAGAGCGGCUUCAUCGAGAGGCUCACCGCGCUCUACAACAUCCCCGCCGUGUGACGCGCGCCCGCCCGCACUAGCCGAUACGUCAUUCAAAAGACUGCUCAUAUUUAACGCCACACCAAUAUUACAACUGUGUUUUAAUUACCUAAUUACUAGUUUAGGAUUUUGGCUUUAUUUCAACUAGUAAAAUAUUCGCUCCGCUUUUCAGCGCCCUGUAGCGACAGGGCAUCAAAACUUGUACCCAUAGGACCAAAAAUGUCUUAAAUAAUUUAACGAUGUAUUUGUUGUGUAUUGCUUCGUUAGUAAUUAAUUGUAUUUAUAUCGGCACGCGUCUUUCAAAGGACACAUAUAUUAAAAAAAAGACGUUAUAAGCAGUUUUUACAAUAUAUUAAAAUAUCUAAUUUAAACUAGUCGAAAUUUGAGUAAGACUACCCUCUAAAGUGCUUAUAGUUAAUUAAAUAUUAUAACUAAAUGACCACAAUUUUGAUAAAUUGUUCAAUUCAUUUCUUUUUAGACAAUUUGUUAACUUAAACAACCAAGAUGUCUUGAGAAUCUCCAUCUUAUACAAAUUACAAAGACUAGCGAUAUAUCAAUUAAUUAUAUCCAAAUAUCUAUGAAUUUACUUGUUAUCGUAUACGAGGUAUAUCUCCAACACAAUUUUGAUAAUAGUAACUUAGGAUUCAACAAAUAUAUAACAAUAAUUUAUAUUUAGUCCAAUUAAUAGUGAAAAUAUUAAAUAACAUUACCAUGUGUUCUAAUGUAAUGAUCAAAAUAACGAUAGAAAAAAUAAUAAAUAUAAAUAUUUAAGAAUAAAGUUGACCUCUAAAAUGUACUAUAAAUAAAAUAAAUAUCUAGUAAUGUGCUGAAAUAAAGACUGAAUUAAUCAUGUUUUGCUA